AUGCUUGAGUUUAUGAAGGAUGGGGAGGUGAUCCACACCGAGGAGCUCCAGAACGUGGAUCCGCUGACGUUGGAAACCUACGAGGAGCUUCUGUCAAGUACUGGGUCUGUUGUAUUUUGCAUUCUUGUGUGUGAAAAUACCAAGCACGUGUACUUGGCAAGCAGUAUUGUUAAUAUGAGGUAUACGGUUUCUGGAACAAUCCGAAUAUAUAAAUUGAGGGAUCCGUCGACCAGAAACGAGGUCAAGGACAUCCUGUACUUUGAAGUUGUUCGGAACCCUCUGUAUCUGAGGAUACUUAGGGACAUCCAGAAGAGCAAUCUCCUGCGAGGAAAGGAGGAGACCGGGAAUGGAGCGAAGGACGGUGUACCGAGCUCUAAGGAGUGCGGGUCUGUUGUGAGGGCAAUGUUCAUAGGAAACGAGAUUGAUCUGGUGUGCAACACGGAUCUUCAGAAGAAGGUGUUUCUGAAUGGAGAAAAGGGGGGGUCAUUUGCCAAUACACUUCUUGGGGGAGUUGUGUUUUUCCUGUCCUUUAUUCUGCUAUUUUUCUUCAUGGUGUGUUUUUUCUACAUCCUGCUAAGAUUUGUGCUGCUCAUAUGA